ACUUUCAGGGAUGACAGGGCUAUGGGUAUUAACGUUAAGUGCUGUAUCUAUGUGUAGAAUAAUGGCGCAAGAGGCAAACAAUGUGCCGAAGUUGCUUGUGGUAACAGUUGCAACAGAAGAAACAGACGGCUUGAGACGAUUGAAACGCACGGCUCAUACUAAUCACUUUAGACUAGAAGUAUUUGGUAUGGGCGAAGAGUGGCGAGGAGGUAAUACUCGCGUCGAACAGGGUGGUGGACAGAAAAUACGCAUUUUACGGAAGUCUUUGGGAAAGUAUAAAGACAGGGAUGAUUUAAUAAUACUGUUUGUUGAUGCCUACGAUGUAAUACUCUUGGGCAAUGAGGAACAAAUUUUGCGGAAAUUUUUCACUUUUUUUAAUGGAUUUCGUGUUGUAUUUUCAUCGGAACCGUUUUGCUGGCCUAAUAGAAAUCUAGCCCCAAAAUAUCCACUUGUUAACUUUGGCCACAGAUAUUUAAACUCUGGGGUUUUUAUGGGUUUCGCUCCCGAGAUUUGGAGCUUAAUAAGUUACCGAGAUGUGGAAGAUAAUGAUGACGAUCAAUUGUAUUACACACGUCUCUAUUUGGAUAAACAAAUACGACUGUCACUGAAAAUGACAUUGGAUUCAAUGACCGUUCUAUUUCAAAAUCUAAAUGGUGCAUCAAAUGACGUGAAGUUGGAAAUGAGUGGUGAAAGAAGCGGAAUGUAUUUUAUCUACAAUUUUAUUUAUAACACACACCCUUUGGUUAUACAUGGUAAUGGUCCAAGCAAGCUUUAUUUAAAUCAUCUCGGUAACUACAUCGAUCCGCUUAGGAUAGCCACUUCGAAAACGCAAUCAAUAACAAUGGAUUUUGAAAAGAUUGAAUUACCGAAGUUAUUUCUGUCGAUCAUUAUUUCCAAACCGAUACCAUUUAUUCGUGAGUUUUUUGGAAAUAUUAAGAAGUUGGCGUAUACAGAUGAAAAAAUUGAUUUAUUUGUAUAUUGCAAUCAAAAAUUCUUGACGAAAGAGGUCAGCGACUUUGUUGAAGAUGUGAAAAAGCGCUACCGAUCACUAUUGUAUGAUGAUAGCACGGAGAUGGAGGAGCGUGAAGCCCGUUCGUUUUCAUUAAAACAAAGCUUGGCAUUGGGGGACGAUUACCUUAUAAUGGUUGAUGGCGAUGUACACUUAAAUAAUUCGGAAGCCUUGCUGUUUAUGGUUCACACAAUGAAAGAAAAAGAGCCAGAGAUUCUUGCACCUUUAAUUAGACAACCACAUAAGUUGUUCACCAAUUUUUGGGGUGCAAUCUCUAGUAACGGAUACUACGCUAGAUCCGAGAACUAUCUGGAUAUCAUUGAUCAUAAAGAAGUGGGAAUUUGGAAUGUACCCUUUAUUGGUUCGAUUUUAAUAAUUGCGAAGGAAAAGCUGACGUCUUUAUCACGUGCAUACCAUUAUGACGAGAAACUAGAUCCUGAUAUGAGCUUUUGUUCAUUUGCACGUGACAAAGGUCAUUUUCUUUACCUUGAUAACAGCCACCACUACGGUUUUCUGGUGGUUAGUGAAAAUGUUGAAUCUUCCAAAGUCCACCCGGAAAUGUAUGAAAUUUUCAAUAAUAAAGAGUUAUGGGAGAAGCGGUAUAUACAUCCGAAUUAUUUUACUGCUCUUAAUGGUUCUACACCAAUUCCGGAAAUAUGUCAAGACGUGUACGAUUUUCCACUCAUGUCCGAAAGAUUUUGUGCGGAACUUAUUGAAGAAUGUGAGUAUUACGGGAAAUGGUCAGAUGGUAAACAUAAGGAUGAAAGAUUAGUUGGCGGUUAUGAAAACGUACCUACUCGUGAUAUUCAUAUGAAGCAGAUUGAUUUCGAACGACAUUGGUUAUACAUGUUAGAUGAAUAUGUUCGUCCAAUACAGGAAAAAUUGUUUAUUGGUUAUUACAAACAGCCAGUGGAGUCUGUAAUGAUGUUUGUUGUACGUUACAAGCCGGAGGAGCAAGCUUCACUAAGGCCUCAUCAUGAUGCUUCAACUUAUAGCAUUGAUAUUGCAUUAAAUAAACGAGGAGUGGAUUAUGAAGGAGGUGGUGUGCGUUUUUUACGAUAUAAUUGUACUUUCGAUGCUGAUGUUGUGGGUCAUUCGAUGAUAUUCCCAGGUCGUCUGACACAUUUACAUGAAGGUUUGGAAACUACUCGAGGAACUCGUUAUAUUGCUGUUUCCUUUAUCAAUCCAUAA